CUCUCCAUUCCACAGUGGUGUAAUGCACGCGCGUGGUAUUUCUUCUACCUCCUCCCACUUCUGACUUCUCUCUUUCCCCGAUCGUACGGACGUGGAGAUCAUCGCCUAUUCCGACGAAGAUGUCAUUCACGAGCUCCUCCAACGACUCGUCCUCCGCCGCUGUCCCUGAUGAUGCCGGUGUCGGAGAGUUCAUGCUGUUUGGCGUACGGGUAGUGGUUGACUCUAUGAGGAAGAGCGUGAGUUUGAACAAUCUCUCUCAGUACGAACAGCCUCAAGAGGUUACCGCCGCCAUCCUUGCCGCCAAUAACAGCAGCAACAACGCCGGAAAAGACGACGGCGCUCCAGGUUACACCUCCGAAAACGACGUCGUCCAUAACUCCGGCGGGAACCGCGAGCGUGAGCGCAAGCGAGGAGUUCCAUGGACGGAAGAAGAACACAAGCUGUUCUUGCUGGGAUUACAGAAGGUUGGGAAAGGAGAUUGGCGAGGAAUAUCUAGGAACUUCGUCAAGACUCGAACGCCUACGCAGGUUGCUAGCCAUGCUCAGAAAUAUUUUCUUCGCCGGAACAAUCAUAAUCGCCGACGCCGUAGAUCUAGCCUCUUCGAUAUCACCACUGAUACGGUCACGGCAAUUCCAAUGGAAGAAGAGCCAUACCAUCAUCAUCAACAUCAUCAAGAUGAUGCUUCUCACUCACUUUCUCAUCCAUUGCCACCACUGAACCCUGAACCUUGCAAUUCUACUGGGAGGUUCUCUCUGCUGACUACUUGUCCAGUGACUGUUUUACCCUCUUCAAUUGAGAAUCCAAUUCAAAAUUUGACAAUAGGCCAGAGAAAUCCAGAGAUUAACACCUCUGCACCUAAGCUAGUCCGGCCAAUCGCCCUGCAUUCAAUCCCCCAUGGUACAACAAUAGCUGAUCUUAACUUGAAUCUGAAAUCAUCUGUAGACCCCUCAGCUCUAUCGCUUAAGCUGGCAUUGCCAACCAAUCCCAGAGAAAUACCGUCAGCAUCGUCAUCACCGGCAGCUAGGUAUUCGGCUUUCCAGUCAAUGUCAAGCUUUGCCAAUGGGGAUAGCUUCAUCACGGUUGCUUGAGAAAGUUGCUGAAAUUUAACUCAGUAAUGUGAGUUAAUUGGGAUUAUUAGAGAAUUUGUAUUCCAGAAAUGACAAAAUGGGGUUUAGAGAAAGAUUAUUAAAAACAAAAAAAAGAAGGUAAAUUAAUUAAAAUUAGGUGACUUAAUUUGAUCCUGGUUGUUCAUUGUACAGACUCAAGAUAAUGUUUAUGUCCUGUUCUUGUUGUUU